UUUUUUUUUAUCAUCAUCACAAAAGAAAAGAAUACUUGAAUGGGUGGUAGUGAUCAGAAAAAUGUUUCCAUUAAUGUUAAGAAGAAAAAGAAAAAUGGUUCUUUUAAGUCCAUUUUCAUGCAUGCUGAUGUUCUUGAUUGUUUCUUAAUGGCUUUUGGUUUGUUUGGAGCCAUUGGUGAUGGAAUAAUGACUCCUUUGCUUUUGUUUAUCUCAAGCAAACUUAUGAACUCUAUUGGUACUAUUUCUGGCACAUCAAGCAACAAUUUUGUCCAUAACAUCUAUGAGAAUGCUAUUGUUUUGUUAUAUUUGGCAUGUGCUUCUUUUGUUGCUUGCUUCCUAGAGGGUUAUUGUUGGACAAGAACAGGUGAAAGACAAGCUGCAAGAAUGAGAGUUAGGUACUUAAAAGCAGUUCUAAGACAAGAAGUAUCAUACUUUGAUUUGCAUAUUACAAGCACAUCAGAAGUCAUCACCAGUGUCUCUAACGACAGUCUGGUAAUUCAAGACGUUCUUAGUGAAAAGGUUCCAAAUUUGUUGAUGAAUGCAUCUAUGUUCAUUGGAAGCUAUAUAGUAGCAUUUACAUUAUUAUGGAGAUUGGCAAUUGUAGGGUUCCCUUUUAUUGUUCUACUUGUGAUUCCUGGUUUCAUGUAUCGAAGGACAUCGAUGGGAUUGGCUAGAAAAAUUAGUGAAGAGUAUAAUCGAGCUGGUACAAUAGCAGAACAAGCAAUAUCUUCAAUCAGAACUGUUUAUUCCUUUACAGGAGAAAACAAAACCAUAGCUGCUUUCUCAAAUGCUUUGGAAGGAUCAGUGAAGUUGGGAUUGAAACAAGGCUUAGCUAAAGGUUUUGCCAUAGGAAGCAAUGGUGUUGUUUUUGCAAUAGCUUCUUUUAUGACUUAUUAUGGUAGCAGAAUGGUCAUGUAUCAUGGUGCUAAAGGUGGUACUGUUUAUAAUGUUGGAGCUUCCUUAGCACUUGGUGGAUUGACUUUAGGAGCUGUUUUAUCAAAUGUGAAGUACUUUUCAGAAGCAAGUGUAGCAGGAGAAAGAAUAAUGGAUGUGAUAAAUAGAGUUCCAAAGAUUGAUUCUGAAAACAUGGAAGGAGAGAUUCUAGAGAAAGUUUUAGGAGAAGUUGAAUUUAACCAUGUUGAAUUUGUGUAUCCAUCAAGACCAGAAAGUGUGAUCUUAAAUGAUUUUUGCUUGAAGGUUCCAUCAGGAAAAACAGUGGCAUUAGUAGGAGAAAGUGGUUCAGGAAAAUCAACAGUUGUAUCACUUUUGCAAAGAUUUUAUGAUCCAAUUUGUGGAGAGAUUCUUCUUGAUGGAGUUGCCAUUCAUAAGUUGCAACUUCAGUGGCUUAGGUCUCAAAUGGGUUUAGUAAGUCAAGAACCUGCUUUGUUUGCAACAAGCAUUAAGGAGAAUAUACUUUUUGGAAGAGAGGAUGCUACAUAUGAAGAUGUUGUAGAUGCUGCUAAAGUUUCCAAUGCUCAUAAUUUCAUUUCAUUGUUGCCACAAGGAUAUGAUACGCAGGUUGGGGAGAGAGGAGUUCAAAUGUCAGGGGGGCAAAAACAAAGGAUUGCCAUUGCAAGAGCCAUAAUAAAAAUGCCUAAAAUUUUAUUGUUGGACGAAGCGACAAGUGCACUUGAUUCUGAAUCCGAACGAAUUGUCCAAGACGCUCUAGACAAAGUCGCAGUUGGACGCACAACCAUCAUCAUCGCUCAUCGCCUAUCCACCAUCCAAAAUGCUGACAUCAUUGCAGUGUUUCAAAAUGGCAAGAUAAUGGAAACAGGAACUCAUGAAAGCCUCGCGCAAGAUGAAAAUUCUCUUUACACCUCUCUCGUUCGUCUCCAACAAACUAGAAAUGACCAAAAUGAGGACCCUGCAUCUAUCAUGAACAGAGGUCACAUGCAAAACACGAGUAGUCGUAGACUCGUGAGUCGUUCUAGCUCUUUCAACUCAAUGACACAUGGUGGUGAUGAUAUCAAUAAUUUUGUUGACGAUAUUGUUAAUAAUGUAGUUAUAGCUGAUGAUCAUAAUAAUAAUGAUGAUAAAAAUAAUAAGAAAAAAGAGAAGGUCAAGGUUUCUUCGUUUCAAAGGUUGUUGGCAAUGAAUGUGCCAGAGUGGAAGCAAGCAUGUUUGGGUUGUAUAAAUGCGGUUUUAUUCGGUGCGAUUCGACCUGUAUAUUCGUUCGCAAUGGGGUCAGUUAUAUCAGUUUAUUUUUUGGAAGACCAUGAUGAGAUCAAGAGGCAAAUUAGGAUCUAUGCAUUUUGUUUUCUAGGGUUGGCUGUUAUCUCAAUGGUUGUUAAUGUGCUUCAACAUUAUAGCUUUGCUUACAUGGGAGAAUACUUGACUAAGAGGGUUAGAGAACGAAUGUUUUCCAAGAUACUCACAUUUGAAGUUGGUUGGUUUGAUGAAGAUCAAAAUUCUACAGGUGUUGUUUGCUCUAGACUUGCCAAAGAAGCUAAUAUGGUAAGAUCUUUGGUGAGUGAUAGAUUGGCGCUAGUGGUACAAACAAUAUCAGCAGUGGUAAUAUCAUUCACAAUGGGUUUAAUCAUCGCAUGGAGACUAGCCAUUGUUAUGAUAGCAGUUCAACCCCUUAUCAUAUGUUGUUUCUACACAAGGCGUGUCCUUCUCAAGAAUAUGUCAAGCAAAGCCAUCAAGGCCCAAGAUGAAUGUAGUAAAAUAGCUUCUGAAGCUGUUACAAAUCUUAGAACCAUCAAUAGUUUUUCAUCUCAAGAUAGAAUCCUCAAAAUUCUUGGAAAAGCUCAGCAAGGCCCUAGUCAUGAAAGUAUUAGACAGUCUUGGUUUGCUGGCAUUGGACUUGCAUGUUCACAAAGCCUCUUUUUGUGUACCUGGGCUUUGGACUUUUGGUACGGUGGAAAACUUGUGUCACAAGGUUAUAUUUCGGCAAAAGCAUUAUUUGAGACUUUUAUGAUCUUGAUAAGUACCGGAAGAGUUAUUGCAGAUGCCGGUAGCAUGACAAAUGAUCUUGCUAAAGGCUCUAAUGCAGUUGGAUCGGUUUUCGCAAUCCUCGAUAGGUAUACAACAAUCGAGCCUGAUGAUUUUGAAGGUUACAAAGCCAAAAAUUUGAUAGGGAAAAUUGAACUUCUUGAUGUAGAUUUUGCAUAUCCGGGUAGACCUAAUGUGAUGAUCUUUCAAGGGUUCUCAAUUAAAAUCGACGCUGGAAAAUCGACGGCUUUGGUCGGGGAAAGUGGUUCAGGGAAAUCAACAAUCAUAGGACUAAUUGAGAGAUUCUAUGAUCCAAUUAAAGGGAUAGUGACAAUUGAUGGUGAAGAUAUAAAGUCUUAUAAUCUAAGGUCGUUAAGGAAACACAUUGCACUUGUAAGUCAAGAACCAACACUGUUUGGUGGUACCAUAAGGGAAAAUAUUGCAUACGGAGCCUAUGAUGAUAAAGUUGAUGAGAGUGAGAUUAUUCAGGCAUCAAAGGCUGCAAAUGCUCAUGAUUUCAUAUCAAGCUUACAAGAUGGUUAUGAUACAUUGUGUGGUGAUAGAGGAGUUCAACUUAGUGGUGGUCAAAAACAAAGGAUUGCAAUAGCUAGAGCUAUAUUGAAGAAUCCAAAGGUGUUACUUUUGGAUGAAGCAACAAGUGCACUUGAUAGUCAAUCAGAGAAAUUAGUGCAAGAUGCUUUAGAAAGAGUUAUGGUUGGAAGGACAAGUGUAGUUGUCGCACAUAGGUUGAGUACUAUACAAAAUUGUGAUUUGAUUGCUGUUUUGGAUAAGGGGAUUGUUGUUGAGAAAGGAACACAUUCAUCUUUGUUGUCUUUGGGACCAAGUGGAGUUUAUUACUCUUUAGUAAGUCUACAAAGAAGACCAACCAAUACAAUUGUUGGUUCUUCACAUGAAAUCAACUAAAUAAACAAGGUCGAUUUUCCAUGUUUGAAGGAAGAAGCUACAAAAAAGAAUUUAUGAUGGAGUUGUUUUUUCAUCUUUCUUUUACUAUAUUUAGUCUUUGGUCUCUAUAUCAUAUGAUUAAAAUCUUGGCUUCCAGCUUGAAAAUAAGGGGAGUUAGGGAGAUGAUACUUACUAAAGAAUUCUUCUUUUUUUGACAAUAUUAUUGAAGAAGUCUUGUUCUACCUCUUAUUUGAAAAUUGCAUUAGUAAUAAUUACAUACUAAUGUAGAACAACUUGAAGGAAUUGCUGCUAGUCUCUCUUAUUGCAUGACCAUCAUAAAAGUACAACUGGAAGAAGUCUCUUAUUGCUUGAAAAUAAGUGAUGAAUUCAUCAGAAACCAACCAAUUACAACCAUUUUUUCGACAAAAGAGAGUUGAUGCUGUCGGGGCUGGGACGAGAAUGGACAACGGGAAGUGGGAGAAAAAAAAAUGAUUUGUUGUAUAUGAUGCAUAAAUAUAUAUCGUGAGUAGGAUCGCCUCAAACAAUUUAGAGGUUUUGUUCUAAUCUUAAAAUUUGAGCCCCUAAUAAUAAGAAAGUGUCAAAUUGGACCCGCUAAAUCUCUUUCCAUUCACUCUCUCUGUCUCUCUCCUUCCACAAUUUGUGUAUAUGCACUCUAAGUUUUGGAGAGAAGAUCAAGAGAUAGAACAUGUAAGGAAAUAAGAUCAAAAGAGGGAUAGAAACAUAUUUUAGAAGGAGAGAGAGGAGAAAGUUGAUGGAAGAAGAGGAUCCAAAGUUGAAUGGAGGCAAAAUUGGGUGUCAUGUGUUGAAGGUCUGCUUUCACAGACCUAUAGUCUGCUUUGAUGGUGAGCCUUUAACUUCCAAGAUUGGUCCAUCAAGCAUCCUUUGUCAUACUUGUCCAACCAAACACAAAUAUGAGUAAAUGUUUAAGAGUCUAUUUUGUUGUUAA